CCUCUGGUUACACGAGUGACGUCUUCAUGAUGGAAAUGUUUACCUUCUGAUCUAAAUUUGCCCUAGUCCUUAACCUGACCCCUGUGUUUCAUUUUCAAGUCAAACACACAACAAGUCGUUUCAACGAACUUCUUUUUCCCGAACAGUUCUAAGGUAGAGCUUUUCGCUUCCACUGUUUCGCUAUAGAUAUUACAUCAAUUGGCCGCCGAAUGGAGGAAGGUAAAUAUAAAGAAUCGUUUUCAAGUAACCUGACAGAGAGACGUAGACGGUGAGUAUCAAAUCACGCGAGUUUGGCGGCUGCAACAGCGUCUUAAAGUUCUUAUGCAACAGAUCGCUGUGUUACUGGAAUAUUUAUAAUGGCAAUAUGGUGAAAGGCGGUUCUUUCAAAGAUUGGUCGCAAUAGGGUUCCGAUACAAAAGUUGAAAAGUUCCUCCUAACGUAACUGAGCUUUCAAAAUCACGCCAGGUGGAAGAAAUGAGAACUAUCAUCGCUCAACAUGAGAACCAGAUUUUUAGAGUCGUUAUUUUGAAAGCUGUCAGAGUAGAUAGGAAAGGACGAUGGAAUCUGUUACUACAGCUUAGCGAAAAUAACAGAUGGGUGAGAAGACAAACCGUUUGUAUUGCACGGUAGUCCCGCCCGCUAUUUCCAAACAAGAUCGUCGGCUUUGGUUUGAGCCGAAGUACAGUCAGGUUUAAUAAUUUCACUAUUCAGUCCAUUUAGUCGCAAAAAGACGCCGAUUGAGACAAAAGUUGAUAAGUUCCUCCUUAAGAAACUGAGCAUUCAAAACCACACCACGCGGAAGAAAUGAGAACUAUCAUCGCCCAACGCGUGAACCAGAGUUUUAGAGUCGCUAUCUUGAAAUGUGUGCGAUUAGAUACGAAAGGAGGAUGGAAAAAUGAACCCGCUGACUAUGUAUAACACGUAUCUAUUGGUAAAGCCUAGCGAAAAUGACAUCUGGGUGAGAAGGAAAUCCUUUUGUAUUGCACGGUGGUCCCUUCCGCUAUUUCAAAACAAGAUCGUCGGCUUCGGUUAAAGCCGAAGUACAGUCAGAUUUAAUAAUUUGACUGAGUCACAGAGUCAAUAGUUUGUUCGAGAAAGAUGUCCAUAAAGCUUGCUGUUGAUAGCUAAUUCGAGAGAUUUCUAGAUGUCUUGAUAAAAGGGCAGAGGUCGACGUGCUCGAUGCAUUGCAAUGUGUUAGUCGCUUUAUUUGUUACAAGUGAUUUUGCAACAUCAAAGCAUAGAGUUUAACCAGGGUACGAUGAAAAUGAUUCAUCGAAACUUUCUGUCAUUUUUAAGCUUACUAGUUAGGUCACUUGAGCUGGUUCGUAACAUUCGCUGCUUCUUAACAACGUAUUAAGACAAACAAUGGGUGCAAGUCAGCAUGCUUUUUUUUAGUCGGUAUGUAAACAACUAUUUAACAAUAUUUACUUUUUACUUAAAAUCUUACUGCUCACUGGGUUAAGCAUUUGGAACGCACUUUUAACUAAUCCAUGUAGUGAUCAAGGUAUUCGCUUGUUCGUGAUUUUAUCGAUAGGUGUUCUACUUGAAUGCAACUGGGCAAGAUUUUCAUAUAAUCCAACAUUAUGCAUAGAGUUCUUUAAAAGGAGAAAACAAUGGCCUAAACAAUAGAUUACCUUUGGGACCGGACUGAGGCUUUAAUUCAGAACCCUGAGAGGCAUUAUGGAUAGUUUUUAGUUCAGGGAAAUGUUGGAAGACAUCACUCUAAAGAACAUAGCGGGUUUGAUGACAUAAUUUUGUUCGCAAGACUGAAUUUUAAUUCUAACCUUGAUGAAAAACUAAAGAGCGAGGAAAAACGACUCCUUGACUUCAGGGAAAUGAUAAAAGAUGUCACUGUAGAGGACAUAGCGGGUUUGAUGAAAUCAUUUUGUUCGCAAGACUGAAUUUUAAUUCUAACCUUACUGAAAAACUAAAGAUGAGCGGCCAAAAUUAUGUAAUUUCAAAAAGAGCUCAUUCGAAGUGACCCAAGGAAAAAAAUUUCACAACGUAAUGUUCCAUUAUUUUUCCUUCUUGUAUUCACGUACAUGCCGGUAUUCAUUCCCCGUUCACUAAUCCUUUUGUCCAUAUUUAUAUGUUCCACCUAGUCAAGAACAUUGAUUACCCAAUACCCAGCUAACCUUUCGAGAUUAUUACGUGCACUUUGUCCUUUUUCCGACAACCUUAUGCAAAUAGCUGUACACAGAAAUACUUCCUGAAACAAUUCAAGCUUAAUAAACAUUACGGCAUUAUCUACUAUCGAGUUAGUUUCGAGGGUUGAAAAUACACUGAUUCAAGCCAGAGGUUCAAAGGCCUCGUAAUAUCCGUACAAGAGCCUCACAAAUGUUAAAAUCCUCUUACAGACACCCCUCGCUGACCGAAAUAAUUCCAAGUGUUGCUGCAGUGCCGCCAAGAAUUUUUUAAAUUUUCGCCGGCAGCUCGUUGAGCCUUGAAUGCAUUGGUGGGAGCUUAUAAACCUAGACUCGAUCAGCUUAGUCUUUUGCCAAGAUAAGCUAAAAUCUUCAAUAUUUACGAAAAUUGGUUAGUCUGACAUAAUUGCAUUACAUUUGAAGACAAUCAAAUAUUUGCAGCACCGCCACAUGAAUCGCGAAACAAAUUUGCAGAUGGAGAAUUAGGGCGAUAAAAUCGCAUGGAAACUGAAAAAGCAGUGUCCAAUUGUAGCUAAUUCCUAAGAUUUGUUAAUUGGAGGCUAUAUUCAUACAAACUUCAAGCAGCAAAAACACGACCUGUAAAUCCUGUUUCAAGGAAGGAUGAUCCCAAAACAUUACAAAUUAAUAAUUUUUUCGACCAAGCCACAUAGACACAGGGCUGGGUUUGUAGCUAAAAUUUUUUACGAAACGCGUAAUUUUUCGGUUAUCACUUGGAUAAGUUGUUCGGAGAUUUAUGCGGUAAAGAACACGAUAGCCCAUCCUACAAUAGUCUGAACCUGUCUCCAGGGCAUGUGCCGAUAGCAUGUACCUAUUAAGGACGUUGUUACACUUCCGGUACAGACCACUGCAGAGUCAAACAAAGCUGACAUAGCCUCUUAGAUCGAUCAUAAAACAACAAAUGUGUAAAUCAUGCUAAAAAUAAUUAUUUCAUUAUUUUUUUUUCCGCAGACUCAACGGCAUCAUUUGCAUUACGAUAACCGUUGCAGUCUUGCUGCUAUUUAUAAUUAUAUUCCCGAUUGUCUGGACGACUUACAAAGAGGAACCAAUCCCCACCAGGAGCGUGGGGAUUCCUCCUCCACCAACUGGUCCACCAGGAGCGGAUGGCCCCUAUAAACACGCGGUUGUUGCGUCAGACGCUGGCCUAUGCUCAGAGAUAGGCCGUGACGUUCUGAAGAAAAAUGGAUCAGCCAUGGAUGCUUCCAUCGCCGCCUUGUUCUGUAUUGGGGUUUACAACAUGCAUUCGGCCGGUAUCGGGGGAGGCGGCUUCCUGGUUGUGUACAACAAGAGCAAUAAAUUUGUAGAGGUCAUAGACUUUCGCGAAGAAGCCCCAGGGAAGGCCAACAGAAACAUGUAUGUUAAUGAGACGAUGGGCUCCAAAUUAGGUGCGUUUUAGUUUAAAAUAAUCAGUCCCGUGUCGAAAUAUACUUGACAAAUAAUGGAUCCUCCAAGACAUUAAAACUCUCUAUCCAAUUAUUAUUACAACAAAAGGUACUAACGAAACGUAUCUUAAUUCAUUUUGGAGAGUAAUUUUCCUCUCUUCGAGCUAAGAAAUCAAAUUUCACUGGAAACAGAGUUCUAUCAUGGAAACAGUGUGUAAUUGGAAAUGAAAUUCCAGAAGUCAGUCCCUGGGAGUUCUAAUUUCACCAUAAUCAAUACAGUAUUCAUGUGCUUGUCGGUCUAUAUUCAGGUAGAUGGGUUCGAUCAAUUCAUAUCACAUGUAUAACCUUAACUUCCUAUCACUGACUCUGCCUACUACGUUCCGAUCUCGAAGGUCAAGUAGUUGCGAGAGUGUAAAAUAACCAGAUAAAAUCGAAUCAGUUCAAAGUAAUUGAUUACAUGUAAUUAUUUCCCGACGAUAAUUCAUCUUAUUUGACGUCUGACUUUUAUCUUGUUAUUUUCAUUAUAAAUAUACUUUUUUUAAAUCACCAUACAAACUGGUUAGGCCCCAAAGCAUCUGGGGUGCCCGGCGAGGUGAAAGGUUUUUACGAAGGCUGGAAAAAGUAUGGCAAACUUGCCUGGAGGGAACUGGUGCAGCCUUCCAUUGACAUGGCCAAAAAAGGAUUUCCAUUUGGUUAUGCUGCUUACAAGGCGGCCGCAAGGUCAACUGUCAAGCCUCUUCUUAAAAAAGAUCCCGGCUUGAGGUUUGUAAAAAUGUGUAGAUAAUCGGACUUAGGAUUGAAUUAAUGAGUUCCAUUUUACACUACAAAGUAUUCUUCACAACGCGCGCUUGUGCAUGUACUAUUCACACAAACAAGUUCCCCGAAAAAGGUCUUCGCCUGACAAUUUUUCUUGGCAGUGUGAAUGAGUGUCAACUCUUUCUAAGUCAGAUUUCGUAAGCUAUGACUGUUUUAAAUAAUUAUAAGAAAAAAAGAAGGGAUGUGAUAUUUCCUGCAGGUAACACAAAGUAAUAAGUCUGCUCUCUACGGUAGAUUUAUUUAUCGUACUCGCUUUGCUUCAAAGAUAACUAUGUCUGCACGGAGGGUGACAAUGAAACUUCAAUUGAAUGACAAGUAAUAUAUUUUUCUCCUUUUUUCUUAAUCCCCAUAUCAUUAAAAUUUGCUACUUUUAACUUAAAGGGAACUUCUCUUCAACAAGAAAGGCGAAUUAAAGCAGCUAGGCGAGACCCUGUACAUGCCCAAGUAUGCGAAAACACUGGAGAAAAUUCGUGACAAACCUGAUGAUUUUUACAACGGAAAACUGGCCGAGGACAUUGUAAAGGACGUCAAGGAAGGCGGCGGUAUUUUUACCUUGGAAGAUUUAAAGAAAUACAAGGCAAAAUUCAAGACACCCAUACAAGGAACUCUGGGGAAGUACAACUGGUACUCGACCCCUCCCCCCGGAAGUGGUGCGGUGCUGAGUCUCAUCCUGAAUAUUUUAAAAGGUAGGAAAACACAACGAGGGCCUUGCCGAUGGGGAGGUGGGCUCUAAAGGGACAAUUGACCCCCCUUCUCCUUUGUGGUAUGAGGAAAGACACAGUUAAAAUUAAUUUCUUCCCAUAAAUUUUUCAACUCAAAGACAGAUCCCUCGACAAUAAAGUUAAAUUUGAGAUUGCAUGUUGGAAUGUAAUAUGUAUAAACGGGGAAGGAGAGUCGUUAAUAACUUGUGCUUCUUCAUUCGUUUGUUUGGUGGUGUCUUGCUUGUUUGUUAAAACACAUGUUUGCUAGAUUCUUUCCGAGGCAGGGGUAGUUAAAAAAUAUAGGAAUUUAAUCCAUUUAGGAUCAAUAUCAGUAUCCGGGCAACAGCCCACCUACCCCUCCCCUAACCCAACAUUCACCCUAACUUGUUAUUAAUUGACUGUUAUUGGGUUAGGGGAGGGGUAGGUGGGCAGUUGCCCAGAUAAUGAUAUUGAUCCGGAAUUUAUGUGUGCAAGACACUCUUGUUUUACAUGAUUUGCAACAUAACUCUGGUCUCUCUGGACCACACCUACAACCGUUCAUGAGGUAGACUUUCUUACAACAGAAACUACUGAUACCUCUGUAUAAAUCAAGCCACCCACUUAGUUUUGCCACCUUAUAUCCUUAAGGAUACAACAUGAAGCCAUCUGAUCGGAAUGGGACAAAGAAUUCGGUCUUGACGUACCACAGGAUUGUAGAGGCUUUUAAGUUUGCGUAUGCGUACAGAGCUUUGUUGGGAGACCAGGACUUUGCAAAUGUAACACAGGUAAUCCCAUAACUUCGAUCAAAAUCGUGUCUCUUAACUUGCUAUUGGUCCGUAACACGAAGUCGUCAUGGAUUAAAAUAUCUUAUGAACGGAUAGGUUGAGCCUAAAAAUUUCAGCCUAGAUGCCUGCGGAGGUUAUGCUCUUCUUAUCGCAGUGAGUGAUCCCUUGUGUUAUCUUCUUCCUAGCAAUCUCCCUUAGAUAACAAAACAGCUAUACUAAAGGAAUAAUUAGACUUAAGUCACCCAAAGAAUGCCUUGUCAUGUUUUGGCCUCUGUUAAUAUACGUCUCUGAGCUUCGAGUCGUGUGGCCGGAAAUACUGUACGCUCAGCGCCUUUCUAAAUACAGGAGUACAACUUCUCAGUAAGAGGAAACCGUGUAAAAAAGCUGCUCAUCCCCUUGCGCAAAAGAAGUGAAAAUUCAAACUGUGUUAUCUGCUAUGGUGUUAGUUAACCUAUGAGCUCUAACAGGUAAUUAUAACGUAACCUCUCCUUAGAAUGUUAAAAUAUAACCCCGUGAACAGGUGAUGAAACUGAGUUGCUAACGCGUUAUCUUGAUGCAGGAUUAAUUUCCUCUGAAACAUGGGCAAGUAAAGCGCUAUGAAGGAAAACAGUACAUGUAAUCAGAUCUUAGGAGAUAAAAGUCUAAGAAUAAGAGAAAAAGAUGGAAAACAUUUUUUCAAUAUCUUGCAUUGUAGGUUCUCAAGGAAAUGACAAACGAGACGUUUGCAGAAUCUCUACGUCAGAGGAUCCGGGACGACCGCACAUUCACAAAUUACACACACUACGGUGACUUCUAUCAAAAAUCCAACGAUCAGGGGACUUCACACUUGUCUGUUAUUGCAGAAAAUGGCGACGCUGUUUCAGCAACUACAACAAUCAAUCUGUAGUAGGUCAUUUGGUGUAAAUAAGGGUUAUUUCACUUGGCAACUUUCGUUUACUACCGAGCUGUCCACAUAUCACGCAUAAAACAGAAACGUGAAUACUCAAGGAACAUUUGAAGUGUAAAAUUUGAAGUGCGAAAUGUGACGUGUGAAAUGUGAAGGUUGACAGAAAAUAUAAAAUACCAUGCGUCGAACUUUGUGCAUCUCGCUAUACUCUGUCUUUUUUUUUUUUGCUGUUUUGUUUGAUUGUUUGUUUUGUUUUUGUCUUUUUCUGUUUCUGUUUCGCGCCUUUGAAUCUCUAAGCAUAGUAAAUUGAAUUUCAUCAUUGUUCUUUUAGCUAUGGAUCGAAAUAUCGAUCGACUCGUACUGGAAUCAUUUACAACAACGAAAUGGACGACUUUUCGACUCCAGGGAGAGAAAAUGCGUUCGGUGUUUUACCAUCAGAAUCAAAUAUGAUCGUACCAGGGAAAAGACCUCAAUCCUCCACCACACCCUCUAUAUUUGUGGAUAAAAGCGGAGUGGCACGUUUGGUUCUUGGUGCGUCUGGUGGAACGAAAAUAACAACUGCAGUUUCCCUGGUAAGACAGCGGAAAAUCUCGAAAUUAUUUUGCGGCUCAGUUAAUCAGGCAAACACAGAAAAAUAUCGAAACUAAAAGUUUUUACGGCAGAUGGCAAUCAUAAUUCACGAAAGUGGUAAAAGAGUAAAAAAAUAAAGUUGUUCGCGAGUUGCCUCAGUUUCGACUCCUCAGUUGAUCGAGCCACGAAGAGCCUGUUGGCGAGAUUCACAAGGUUCUUGUGUGACGAGCAUUUUGCAUUCUGCUAGAAUACGCAUUGUCGAGAGCGUCUUGUCAUGCACCAGAAAUAUAUAUAUGUAUAUAUAUAUAUUGAGAGUCUAGGUUCGAAAAAUUGCAGAGUUGAGUUGCGAAGGAAUCAAAAACGGACACCAGCAACUUGGUUCUUCAUAAUAAUAAGAGGUUUACAGGUACAUUCCUUGAUCUUGCUUUCCGAUAAUUCAUUGUUUGUUAUUUUUGUUUACUCCAUAGGUUACAAUGAAUUAUCUCUGGUUUGGCCGAACCCUCCCUCAAGCCGUUGUCGAUCCCAGGCUCCACCAUCAGUUACAACCGAUGUAUAUUCGUAUCGACGAAGAUUACCCCAUGCCUCUGCCGAUCCAAGAAGGAUUAAAGAAGCUUGGGCAUAAAGUAGAGGCCAAGAGCCUUUACGCAGUGGUCCAGGCUGUGGCAAGGAACAAAGAUGGGACAUUGACUGGCAAAUCGGACCCAAGGAAGAGUAGCUGGGCGGCUGGAUACUGAUUAGUGUAACGCAAUGCAACGAAACUUUCUAUCACGCAACAUACAGUAAAAAUAUCUAUGUAUUAGAGAGCGAGUUUCUUGUUAGAGGAGAUCUGCGUCAUUGAAAAGAGAAGGUCUUUGUAACCUUAAUUUGUAUAACUGCUGCCAUAACUUGAAGGUUACAGUUAUAACUAACUUUAGAGCGUGAUCCUAAGAAUAGUAUCCCAUAAUGCACUUCAAAUGUCGUAACGUGUAACACAACGAGUUUACUUGAGGAAUUUAGAUUUCAAAGCAAAAUUUCAUAAAAUAAACUGGCAAUGUGGGGUCAGUGAGGUAUUUUCAUGAUAUCGUCCUUAAUUUAGAAAAACAGGGGAGUAAGUUGUACGCAAUAAGUCCUAUGUCACAUAGGACUUAUUGCGUACAAAUACCACAUGGCACAAAAUCCGACUGCUGGAUCGAUAGUAAAUUGCGCACUAGCACAUCCGAAGUAGAGGAAAUAUCAGCCCGAUUGACUAGGUUAAGAUCUUGCUGCCAAUGCGAUAUCGUACUGGUCAAGUAAAUUUUUAGACGUCAGAUACAUGUUGCGACCCAGCUUCAAUAAAAAGCUGUCAAAUCGAUCAUACACAAAAGUAAACAUGACAAAACAAAUAUACUACCAAAACAAAAGACCAAAAAAAAAAAAAACCUUGAAGUGAACUGUUAAUCAAAAGAAACAUUCAUACCGG